AUGCCUUUCGUUAUUCGUGAACGAAAGGAUAUUGUCGAUUUAAGACCUAUCCGACGAGAUAGCCCUAAAAUUCAUGGCUAUCGAUGGAAAAUGAUAGCCCUAUUGGAAUUGAAUGAAGAAGGCUAUUAUGUUUUACCAUUCUCUCGAAGAGUGGUUGAUGUUGGCCUUCUUCCUUGGCCUCGAGUGCCUGGUGUUAUUCCACCAGAUGGAUAUACAGAUUGUGGCUGCAUAGGUUGUGAAAAUAAAUCCUAUGCAGACCACAUUCUUAAGGAUCUGGACGAGGAAGAUGAUCCUACGUCAGGGAAUCUACACUUGGAGGAAGUGUAUGUGGACUCUGAUGACGACGAUGACACUAUCGUCAUGUCACCAGCAUCAUCAACAUCAUCGCAUGCGAAUGAUGUUGAUAUGAGCGAUUCUGAAUCCUUAUCAUCAGCACUACGUAAUGAUUGUCGGAUCAUUGAUAGUAAUGAUGAUGAUGAUGAUGAUGAUGAUGAUGAUAAAGAUAGUGAUGAUAUGGAUGAGAAUGAGAGAUCUGAAUCUUCGUCAUCACACGAUGAUGGCGAUGAUAAUGAUGAUGAUGAUGAUGAUGAUGAUAAGGAUAUAGUCUCAACUCGGUCAUAUUCGCCAUUCGAUUAUGAUCCAUUCGACUCGUACGACUAUGAAUGUUAA